UCUGCCUGCUUACCCAUCGUACAUCGCAGAGAGCAGUGAUGAACUUCAUACUGAUGGUCGUGCUGCUGGCGGCUUUGGUGGGCGUCGCCUGCGGCUCCCGUGGCUAUGACGACCAUGGCGAUGACUACUACUACUACUACAGGCGCGGGGGUGGCAGCGGCAGCCGCUACGACGGCGAUAGCCAUUCUUACAACAAGUACCCAGGGAACAAUGAGUACUAUGGCAAAGGAGGCGGUGGCAGUCGGCGCGGCUAUGGGUCCCGUGGUGGAGACUACAAUGAAAACUACGGCUAUAGAGGCCACGGCAGCGGAAGCUACCGUAGAGGAAGCUACGGCAAUGGAGGCAACGGACAUCAUAGCUACGGCCAAGACUACACAAGAAAGUGAACUGUACUGGCAUAGUCUGCGUCGUCAGUUCUGCCCCCUCCCCCCUCCCCCCUCUUCCACAUCAAAAGACUGUAAACGGCAGCAGUGUGUUUGGCGUGUCCUGGAACGGUGGCAGUGGUCACUUCCAACAACGAAUAAACUUCCUGCUCACGGGAAUACUUGUGGAUUUCCACGUCUCUUAGCUGCCGCUGUACACUUCACGAAAUGUGCUUAUUUGAACGUUUUUGUCUCGAACGACCACUCGAUUGCCAGAUCAGUGUACUGGCAGGCAUCUUGUCAGCGGAUCUACAGCCACAGUAAAGCUUGCGGGCGGUGGUUGAUAUUCGUCGACGACGUCAAAGUUUGACCAACGAUGCUGGAAAAUGCCAUUCCAACAGCUAGAAGGAAGUGUAACUGCUGAAACCAUGUUGCACGUCAAAUAUAUUGGAA